UGCUACGAGAUGGAAAGGUACCUGAAGGACGAGCCGAAGCUACAGUUGCACAAAAAGCUACCGACGGAACUCGACACGGCGCCCUGGAAUUUAUUCAGGGCACCGCAGAUCUGGACCGCCACCACAGGCACCGCAAACACACGGUUCGAGCUCGAGCCCUCAAUCAAAAUGGAGGUAACGACGUCGACGGACGACAGAGAGACGAUCUGUCUAGACGACAUAAAGCUUAGCCCGGGCGACCACAGUCACAACGGCCGCGACAGGGAUUUGCUUGAUCGGCAUCUGGACUCAUUGUCGAUGUCUUCGGCAAGCUCGGCGUGCUCGGCACUCUCCUGGGACGGCUCGCCGUCGCUGUCGUGCAGAGCGCUCAUCCUCAAAAAAGAACCCAGCGAAGAUCUCGAAGAGGACGAGGAACACGAGGAGAUCGAAGAAGAGGAAGAUAGUGGAUGUGAAGGUGAAGGACAAAUCCUGACACCACCCUCGAGUCCAGAAUCAGGACAGGGUCACUCGAAUUCGAGCCAUUCGUCGACCGGCAGUUCAAUGAUCGAUGUCCACAAUCUUAAUCUUCACGGAGCAAACGGCAGGAGUGCAAUUGUCAGGGUUACCACUGCUAACGCACAAAGUGUCGCGAGAUUGAUCUCAGUGGCGACGGGCGGCUUCCCGGCGGUAAGCGGCGGCAGCACGACGCAGAACGGCAGCACAGCGAACACGACGACGACGGUGGCGGUGAGCAACGGCCAUCGUCAUCAUCACAGUAGUAGCCUGAGCGUGAACGGCAGGCAUCAUCAUGCGAGGUCGCACGAGCACAGUCCACCCGACACCAAGCGUAGGAUACAUAAGUGCCAGUUUCCAGGAUGUAAAAAGGUUUACACCAAGAGCUCGCACCUCAAAGCACAUCAGAGGACGCAUACGGGAGAGAAGCCAUACAAAUGCAGCUGGGAGGGUUGCGAGUGGCGGUUCGCGCGUUCGGACGAGUUGACGCGUCACUACCGUAAGCACACCGGGGCAAAGCCGUUCAAGUGUCGGCACUGCGACCGUUGCUUCUCCCGCAGUGACCAUCUGGCUUUGCACAUGAAACGCCACGUCUAAGGAAACUCGUCAUCAAAACAAAAAAAAUAAUAAUGAGCAAACAAACCAGCGUCGUAUCCUCCUGUGAUAGAACAAAAAAAAAGAUAUAUAUGAAUUGAUUAUAGGACAUACACACGAAACACAACAACUACAACAUCUGGAACAGUAUCGACCGACCGAGAAAAAUUUAAACGAGGAAUGAUGAGGCAAAGAUAAAAAUGUUUAAAGAAAAAAUUGAAUUACACGAUUAUGUUAUUAAAACACGUAGAUAGAACAAGAGAGUGUGCUAUAGAUUGAGUGGAUGUGAGAGUUAGGUCUGCGUGAGUGACAAUUUUUAAGUAAAUAGGCAACAAAAAGAAGGUGAACGCGCGCAAAAAUAAAAUAAAAACAAAAAAAAACAAGUCCGACAUCACUGCCAGCUAUAUCUGCGAGUCGAGUGUGUCUUCGCUCUUUUAUAAUAGUUGAAGGCGUACAAUCAACUUUGAAUUGUUAACAAACGAAAAAUACAAGGAGAGACAAUAGAUUAUAAAUGAUAUACCCGAAAUGACACAUGUACGCGCAUACGCGCCCACACACUAGCACACGCAUACGGACACAAGCACACACAAGAACACAAACACAAUGACCGUGCCAAAAAAUAAGUAAAACAAAUCAAUCAGACUUUUUUCAAAACUAUUUAUCCUUUCGACUUACUCAUUGAUAAAAGAAACAAGAUAAUCACGAUGAACAAACAAAAAAUAAACAAAGUACGCAAUCGUUUAUCUAUAGUGGCCAAAAAAUAAAGGAAAUACAGUGACAUGAGUGGGAUCAUUUUAAUUGUGAUUCUUUUUACCGACCGAAGACAUUCCGUUGUAUAAGCGCAAACACUCGCAAACAAAACUCAACCGGGGUUUAUUAAGGACCUUCGAGGCCUAAACAACCGCGAGAGAAAGAGAUAAAAAAUGCACGUGUAUACAUAGUUAAUAUAUUUAAAGAAAUAACAAAGAUAAUUACGAGCGAAGUGGAUGAGAGCGUUGCGAUCUUCCAACUAAAAAUCGAGUCAAAGUCUCACAUAUUGUAGUCACUAAAGAAAUAAACGAAGCCAUCGACAAGUGAUCAAAUAAACAACAAAUAAUAAUAAUACCCAGAAAAACACACACAACCAUAGUAGGCUAGGGUUUUUAGCAACUUUUAUACAGGCGUACAGCAGAGAGAAAACGCAGCGCAGGUCUAUGUUCUUAGCCGAUAUUUAGAAAAAAAAGAGAGAGAUCCACUAAUGAUGAGAGCUCGUGUGAAAUAGAUACACGAUCGAGCGCAGAUUAUUAUUAUAUUAUUAAUUAAAAAGAUAAAUUAAUGGAGCGAAUGAGAAAAAACUGUACAUGUGAAAGGGCCGCGCGUGCAACGGUGAACGUUUUCUUUUUCCAUUGCGUCACUUGCAGUUUGUAGAAUGAGCAAAGAUCGAUCGGUAGUCAUCUUCGAAUUAAAUAAGCAAAUGAGAUUCUAAUUAUCGAGCACCUCGAUUUGGAUAACGCAUUUUACCGAGAUAACAGAGAAAAAGAAAAAAAAAACCAAUAAAAAAAAUUAUAUAACGAAAAGACUUUUUCACCGUGAAAGAGCCUAAAAGACGAUUUUAGAUUCUUUAUAGGUAGUAUUCCCUUCUACAUGAGGGGUCGAGCAGGAAAAAAUUUAGAGGAAACACGAUUUAAAAUGAAAAUACGCGAAAGAAAAUGCCGUACCUCGUUGUGUAUACAUCAUCUAUUUGUAUAAUUGUGAAUAAACGGUAUAUGACGUAUGAUAAUUUGUUAUACGUGUGAUCUUAUAAAAAAAAUAAAGAAUUAGAAAAAUAAAAUACGGACAAAAGGAAACUAAAAUACGCUACAGAUUGUGAAUUUAAAUGAAAAAAAAAUAAUAAGAAAACGCGCGAUCGAGCAUGUAAUUUUGUACUAAUUCAUAGAGAGAAAGACAAGUCGAAUGGGCUUUCGUAUAUUAGAUGGAGGGAGUGAGCCUCGUGCAACGAAAACAAAAAAAAAUCUAUUAGGUUAAUAUUUAAGAAAAUAAAGGAAAGAAAACUGGACAAGAAAGGUAAACACGUUUAAAAAGUAAAACGAUCGGGGGAAAGUAUUGAAAGAAAAAACCAAGUCGUUGUUUGGUGAUAUAGCAAAUUGAUUGCCACGGGGAUUAUGAGCCAACGGGAUAGUAGACGUAUAUUUGGACAGCGCUUCACUGCACACACUUGCUUCGCUUUUCUUCUAACCAUUUGCUUGUUGCGUCGAGCGGUGUCUCUCGCUCCCUUUCGUUCCUCGUCGAUUUUCGAUUGAUCGCUCUUACACAUGGCAUUGAAAUCGAAUCAAUCGAAUAAUCUUUAAGGUAAAAUGCCUCGGAACGAACGAAUCUAUCGACGACAAGGGAGCGAGAGAGCUGACAAUUCUUUUCGCACAGUCCUUUUUUCGCCAAUAUAUUUUACAUCUCUCUCUCUCUCUCUCGAAGCAAUCGAUCAUCACGAAAGGAGAAGAAGAAAAGCUCUUUUUUCACGGCUGUAUACCUAUAUACGACGCUCACGCUCGUUUCGCCCGGCGACGUAAUGGCUGCACGCGGUUUCUUUUUUACUGUAAAUUACCCCAACUGUUAAUUCCCUUUAGGUGUUUCGCGAGUAUUAAAAACGACCGAGUGAGAGGCUCACGCGGCGUUCUAUAUGUUUCUUUCUUUUUAUGUCGCGCAAUUUUUUUACGACUUACACGCGUUUGGCGCAAUUUGCUUUUAUACGACGUCUUUUCGAACUAUUUAUUUCCCGUACUUUUGUCCGCUUCGUCGUUGAGAUGCUUUUUAUUCUUCUUUUUAUUGACCGUUGUACUUCGUUGUUUCCUUAACGUUCGUCAUUUAAACGCUAGCGUCAUCGAGUACACAAAAGGAUAGGUACAAAACUGGGCUUCGCGGAAAAGCCAUCGUUCGUUCAGUAUUACAGAAUCGUUGUUCAAGAGCGAGGAUUCGGGCACAAUGAAAUCGAAAGGAGGAGGGAUACGAGUCGCUGACGUGGGAGCUUUUUCUACAUAAAAUUUCUUAAUCUGAAUAAACGCACAAAAUAUCAAUUGAUGAAAGUUCUCACGUCCUAAACAAAACUAAAAUAAAAAUAAUUGCAGUUCGGUUGUAUACGCGUCUGGCCUAUUAAGCGGCACUAAAAAAAAUAAAAAUAAAAAAAUAAAUAAAAAUAAAUAAAUAAAUAAAUAAGAAAAACCGAGCGAGCUAAAGCACAACAGCAACAACAAUUCAGAUUAAAAAUGUAGCGGAUUGUCUUGUUUUUCGCGUCGGCGCUCGUUUUACAAGCUAUUUGUUAUGUGUAGGCUUUUUGAGCGUUAUCUUCUUCAUUUCUAUAAUCACGAGGUGAGAGAAACGUACAAAAAGAAAAACUCGUCGAGCCAAAAUAAAGGAAACCUAAAGGCUCAAAAAUCCACGUGCAAUACCAAUCUUUGCGUUGAUCGUCGUGUUUAUAUAAUCUACAAACGGAGUAGUUGCGCGCGCGAUGUUUAUUAUACGUAUAUAUUAUAUAUAUUUUUAUUUCUCUCGUAAAAAAGUCACCUACCAAAGAUUCGUACAACAUUGUUUAUCUCUCGAGCGAUGUUUUCCGAGUUUAAACAAGAAAUUAUAUGAAAAAAUUCAUUUAUAUAAUUCUAUAUUUUAUGUUGUUUUUUCACUUUUUAUUUUGAAUCUAUACAUACCGUUUUUAUUUUUAACGUUACUUUUAUUUCGAUAGAUUGUAUUAUUAAUUUUUACUUGUAUUAUUACUAUUAAUUUGUCGCAAAGCGUACAUGUAAUCGUUGUUUGUCCUUUUUUAAUCUAUUUUUCAUUUAACUAUUAGAGGUCUUUUCUCUUUCGUUUCGUUCUUGCUUUAUGCGAGCAAACGAAUGAACGAAUAAAGGGAAGGCACACAGCGGAAACCAAUAAUAGUAGCAAAUAAUCGAGGUGAUCCCCAUUCUCGAGGUUUUUAUGGCAAAAGUGUUCUCGCAUUAGGAGACUAUCUCCAUGAUUCUUAUUAAGCAUUUGUAAUGACUUACGUGUGAGAGAUAGAAAGAUAUACGUGUGAUACUCGUGUAAUGUAAUGUAAGACAUAAGAAAGAGAUAAAUCAAAUUUUUGAAUGUCUAUAGGAAGAAAAAUAGAAAAAAUCUAAGAGAUAGCGAUGAUGAUAUUGGGAGUGUCUGUGUGAGAGUAAAAAAAGGAUUCAAGUUGAAUAUUCAGAUUAUAUGAUUUUUACAUAAAUUAUUGACUAUAGGGCUAAUGCUUAUUAAUGUCAUUAUUAUGAAUUAUUAAUUAUUAUGAUUAUUAUUCUAAUUCUCAUUAUUAUUAUUAACUCGUUAUCGAUUCUGUAUUACCACUUUAAGCUGUUUAAUUGUACAAAAGAAUUAAUUAGAUAAUAAAUUAAUUGUAAGUAAGCUUAGCCAAGUAAAAUGAAGAUGAGACGACCUCUUGUCACUUGUAAGAUCAAUGAUUAAUUAUUAUACGACUUUAAUAAUGAAUACAAAAAGUAAAAGUAAAAAAUGUCGAGCUGUUAGCGCGUGGAAUUAAGAUUGAGGAGAAAAAAUUAUUAUUGUCGACCGACGCCAAAUACGUUCUUCCGCGAUCAUUCGUUUUUUAGGAUUUCGCACGAUAAAGGAAUUUCUUUGUAGCUAAAGCGAACGAACAAAAGUAGACGAAGUGGGUCGGUGCAAAUCUGUACAUAACGAUGAUGUUGAUAUAUAUAUGAUGAUUAUUUCAUACGAGAAUUAAAGAAAAAAAAACUAAAUAAGAGAUGAAGGUUAUAUCUAUUAUUGUAAGCUCGCUUUUGAAGCUUCGAUGUAGUUUUACUUUGAUUAUUUAAUACAAGAUAAGUGGAAGAAAGUUAGAAAAAAAAAUACAAAGUCGUUUUUGAAAUACAUGAUUAUUUUUUUAUAUGAGAGUAUGAUUGUCGAGUCUUUUUAUGAUUUUAUUUUCGUCAAACACUCCGCUGUUUCUUCGUGUAUUGCGUAUAUAUCUGUAUAAUUAUUGCGUAAAUUGUUUAUCUGUAAAUAUUAGCGACAAGUGAAUUACGCGCUUUCAUCCGGCACGCGGCGAAUAAAAAGUAAAGCUCGAUUUUUUUUCCGCCGCUGCUUUCGAGAAGCUUUCCAUGAAUAUUGAGAUCGAUCGCGUGCCAAUUUCAUUUUUUUUCUUUUUUCUUUCGUCGUUUUUGUAGGCAAGAAACAAAAUAAUAACAAAGAACGUCGUUCGAGCAACGAUUGAUUCGUAUAACUGUAAUAGGGAAUAAAAAAAAGAUAAAAAAAUCCAUUGUUGAGAAUUGUAUUAGUUAGAGAAUUGAAGAUGAAAGAAAUCACGAGGAGAGUGUGUUCCUCGUACUUUAAUGAAAACAAAACAGAAGAAAUUCCUUUGCGAGUCGUCCUACAUAUAUGUUGCUUGUGUAGCAACGUGUAAGACCGCGAUAAAGCGUUUACGAAAGGAAAAAGAAUUGCAAAAAAGAAACUCGAGACCGAGGAAGGGCGCAAAUAGAAAAAAAAUACAGUGUGUAUGAGUGUGUACGAAAGCGAUGAGCAUGCGAGUGAUACGUUUACGUUUUUCCUUCGAGAUCUAUAUAAAUAUAUAUUCCACUAGUAAAAAGAAAAAAAAGAAAGAAAGAAAUUAAGAAAAAAAAGAGAAACAAGAUACGAAAACAACGAACGAACUUCCUCUUUCGUGAUGUGCGUGAUGCGUUUGAGCCGAGAGUGCAUCCUUUGGAUAAUAUAUCUUUGUCGAUCGCGCCCCCGCGAAUAUUUGUUGUUUUCGUAUGUGCGAGAAAAAAAUCUUUUUUGUAAACGUCGAAAGAGAGAGAGAGAGAGCGAGAGAGCGAGAGAGAGAGGGAGGGAGAGAGAGAGAGAGCGAGAGAGAGAGAAAGAGAGAGAGACAAGCUGCGACCCCUCCUCCUCGUCUCUUUGCAGCGUCAAAUUGUGUGUGUGAUAUAUUUGUGCGUAUGCGCGCGUGUGUGUGUGUAUGUGUACAGAGCUUUUACCUUUUUCGCAAAGAGAGAUAUGCGAGUAUGAAAUAAGAAGAUGAUUAAAAAAAACUAUUCCGUUUUUUGUAAUUCUUCUAUUUCGUUUUCUUUACCAAUCUCCAAAUCAUCCUUCCUAUCCCCUCCCUCCAAAAAUCCCUCCUUUAUGCAUUUGAUGUAUAAUAUGUAAGUUUAAGUGUAAUUAUUUGUUUUAUUUUUAAAUAAAUGUGAAAUUUACAAAUUUACAAUAUCGACUUUGUUUAUUCCAAUUGGGAUCAAAAAAAUAAUACACAUGCACAGAGACACACACAUACGAGCAUACACACGUUGUAUUUUUUUCCAUUUCAGCGUGGAAAAUGAGGGAAAAGGGAUUUUUUGUUAUAAAAGGCCAAAGAAAGAAAAGAAAAGAGAGAGCUGCGGCUAUAACGGGGAAAAAUUAGGGUGGGAGGAAAUGUAGAAAUCGUGAAGAAUGCCGCGAGAUAUAUACAUAUAAAAAGCAGAGAAGGGGUGAAACGGGGAGUUGAGGGUAAAGAAAGAAGAAAUUAAGAGAGGGAACAAAGCGGCCUGAAAGCCGCGCCUUUAUUCUUUUCUUCACUUUUCUAGCUCUCUCUCUCCCCUCUCACUCUCUGUCUUUUGAAUAGCCCUUAUAUUAUUUAUGAAGAUAAAUACACGCUCUCACACACAACAUACGCAGAAGAGAAUAAGAGUGAGAGAGAGGGAGAGAGAGAGAGAGAGGGAAACGAGUCCAGGCUCUUCUACCAUAUAAUACCUAUUCGGGAUGAAAAGACGAAUGAAUGAGUCGCCCGUUAUUUUUCAAGACAUUGAACGAAAGUGAGCGACAGAGAGUAUAAAUAGAUAUGUAGAGGUAAAGUAAAUAGAAACAUUCACCUUUUUUUGUCAUCAAUGUAUAUAUAAGUCCAAAUGAUGCGGAAAACAUUGUAAAUGCUGGUUUACGUACCAUAAGUCAUUAGUAAUUACCAUUCAAUGUUUCAUUGUCAUUCUCUUUGCUCCCUUCAUGCGACUAUAAAUACACAAAGAAUAAUAGAAAAGAGAAAGUCAAGAGAGGGCAGGUAAUUGUUUAAUUCGUAAACAGACUGAGACAAUGGCUUGCCAGAGACAGAGAGCCAGAGAGAGAGAGAGAGAGAGACAGGAGAAGCUAAACAAAAUGCGAAAAGUUUCAAUAGAGCAAGAGAGAAAGGAGAGGGUGGGCUUGCAGCAGCUGUAACCUUCGUAAUUCAUGAAUAGCUUGUAUUUCUGCUCAG